UUUGACAUAGAUGAUCUGGCAUGCACUUUUCCAAUGGUCAGCUUUCUCAACUUUGAUGACUUUGCAAACAAUUGAGUUUGUCUGCAACCAAUAUAUGCUGGCCCACAUCUUUUGUUUUGUUUUUACCGUUAUAGGAACAUUUUACUCGAAAUGGCUGUGGUUCUGUGUCCGUUAUUGUGUAUGGAGACCAAGAAAAGCCUGCACUUAUAACUUAUCCUGAUUUAGCUCUAAAUCAUAUGUCUUGUUUCCAAGGGUUAUUCUUUUGUCCCGAAGCGGAUUCUUUGCUGCUCCACAACUUCUGCAUAUAUCAUAUCAGUCCUCCUGGCCAUGAGUUAGGAGCUGCUUCAAUUUGUCCAGAUGAUCCUGUGCCUUCAGUUGAUGACUUGGCAGAUCGGAACCUUGAGGUUCUCAAUUUUUUUGGGCUUGGUGCAGUUAUGUGCAUGGGGUUGGCAGUGGGUGGUUAUAUUUUUUCCCUAUUUGCCAGCGUUUGCUUCAGCGAUACUUCAGUGAGGUACUGCUGUGCUCUGACAAUUUCUCGAGAUGAUCCUGCGCUUUCAAAAGCCUUAUCUUCCACUGGAGUUGCAACACUUGAGUUUUACAUUUGUGUAUGUAAUGACAGCAACCGAUCCAAAUUCUGCAUUUGUCCAGUAAAUUGUAAAAGUAAACCGAAUUUUGAGGGAAUUAUAAGAGAUACCGUCGGCUUUAGCCAUGAAAGGGUGCUGUGUUGGAAACAGCGAUGCAAGGGCGGGAUAUGCUCGGUUGCGCUAGAAAGAAAACAGGGAAAACUCUGCCAAACAUGGGCGUGGAGAGUGUCUUUUGGCUUUGGUUUUGGCCUCAACAAGAGAACGCGUAAGGCAAGGUGAGAAAGAAUUCCAUGAUGCAGCACCUGGUUUGGAUAUGUGUCUAUGGUGUGGUACCCCCAUUUCAAGGCAAAUGAGAGCACUUGACUAUGGUAACCCAAUGACUCUCUUUGUUGUUUUUCCUUAAUGGGUUAUCGAUUUCUUGCUUUUUUUUUUUUUGAGUUUUUUUGCUAUGGGUAUUUUGCAUUUCUGAGCUUCAAGGUACAAAAGGGUACUUUAUUUGUUGUUGGGUCUCUAAGAGCAAGAAAACCCCAUAAAAAUGGCCAUUGGGAAUGAAAAGUCGUUUCCUUGGUGUAUUUA